CUAGUAAGCUGUUCUGUUCGUUAACGCGGUCUCUUCAUCCCUUCAAAUAUAAAGCUUCGAUUUUUCUACUUUUUUCAUUUCCGAAAUUUCAAAAACGAGGUUUUUGUGAGUAAAGAGAUUUUAGAGACAUCAUGGGUUUGACUCCAAAUUCCAUUAUUUCGUGGAUUCUGCUGUUAUCUCUCUUCACGGCGGCUCCACUUACGUUGUCUCAGCCCAAGGCUUCUCCACCGCGCGUUCCUCCAGACUCCGAUCUCUGCAACGGCGUGUUCGUUUCCUAUGCUUACUCAACCGGUACCAAUAUUAAACCGAACGACACGAAGAACCAGCCGUACCGGUUCGAGUCAGAGAUCACGGUGCUCAACAACGGCCGCGACGAGCUUAAAUCGUGGCGUGUCUUCGUGGGAUUCGCCCACCGCGAGAUUCUUGUUUCGGCCACCAACGCCGUUCUCUCCGACGGUUCUAGCUUCCCGGUGAGCGUCGAGAACGGGACGAUCUUCGCCGGGUUUCCGUCGGCGGAUUUGAAGUCGGCGAUUAUGACGGCGGGUGACGUCACUCAGAUGGAAGCACGUGUCAAGCUCGUGGGUACUCAGUUUGGAGUUGCGCCGCCGAGUGUUCCGCUUCCGAAGAACAUCACUCUUGUUAAUGAUGGAUGGUCUUGUCCCAAACCCACUCAACGAGGUAGGAAUGUUCUGCAACUAUGUUGCACUCCGAAUCCGAAUAUUACGACAGGCAACUUUGGUGAAAAGUUCCUUCCAAGGCAAGAAGGAGAUCUAACCAUAAUGUAUGAUGUGACCAAAGCAUAUCAGUCUAAUUACUUGGCGCAGGUCACGAUUGAGAAUCAUAAUCCGCUUGGUCGGCUUGACAACUGGAAUCUAAGUUUUGCGUGGAUGAAAGAUGAGUUUAUCUUCACAACCAGAGGAGCUUAUCCGAGUGUUGUCGAUUCAUCGGAUUGCAUCAAUGGUCCGCAAGUCCAAUUCUAUAAAGAACUUGACUUCUCCAAUGUCUUGAGCUGUGCAAGAAGGCCAAACAUCAUAGACCUCCCUCUCACUAAAUAUAAUGAUACAGACAUGGGACGUAUCCCAUUUUGCUGCAGAAACGGAACGAUUCUGCCACGGUCCAUGGAUCCAGAGAAGUCGAAAUCGGUUUUCCAAAUGCAAGUUUACAAAAUGCCUCCGGAUCUCAACAUCUCUGCUAUAACGCCUCCCCAGAGCUGGCAGAUUAAAGGUAACUUUAACCCGGAUUACAAAUGUGGCCCUCCUGUUCGAGUUAGCUCGAGCCAGUUCCCUGAUCCGAGCGGUUUGCCUUCAAACCGGACUGCAUUUGCUAGCUGGCAAGUCGUCUGUAACAUCACUCAACCAGCUACUCCUAAAUGCUGUGUCUCAUUCUCUUCUUACUUCAAUGACUCGAUCAUCCCUUGUAACACCUGCGCUUGUGGAGGUUGUUCUAGCAACAGAGUGUCGCGUGCUUGCAGCACAAGUUCUCCAGCUCUUCUUCUUCCAACACAGGCUCUUCUUAUUCCGUUUGAGAACCGAACCAAACUCACCACUGCUUGGGCAGAUAUAAAACGCCGCAAGGUCCCGGACCCUUUACCUUGUGGAGAUAACUGUGGAGUCAGCAUAAACUGGCAUCUAGCCACAGACUAUCGAGGCGGAUGGACUGCUAGAGUCACACUCUUCAAUUGGGGGGAUACUGAUUUGGCAGAUUGGUUUACCGCUGUUGAACUGAAAAAUGCUGCACCGGGUUUCGAGAAGGCUUACUCCUUUAACGGAACUAACAUCGCUAUCAACGGAAAGAACACCACUGUUUUGAUGGAAGGGCUUCCUGGACUGAACUAUCUCGUUGCAGAGAGAGACGGUAAAAACCCGGAUAAGGACUUUCGGAUACCCGGGAAACAGCAGUCUGUUAUCUCCUUCACCAAGAAACUGACUCCUGGAAUCAAAGUUGGUUCCGGAGACGGAUUUCCGAGCAAAGUGUUCUUCAACGGCCAGGAAUGUUCACUUCCUUCUGUACUGCCCACGAACAACAGUCACAGGAGACAUGUGUCCACCUUCCUUCUCAUGGUGUUGCCAUUUUUGGCUCUAAUGUUUCUGCGGAUUUAAGAGUUUCCUUGAUGAGCUUCACCAUUAGCUUGAAUUUUCUUGAUUCUUUCUAACCAGAUAUGUUACAGAAAUAGUAAGUGGUGCUUUGUGCAGCGUGUGAUUCUUGAAUUUCUUAUAAUCAGAUUUUGGUAAUAUGUAUGUAAUGUAUACACAUUGAAUAGACAAAACUCCUUGUGCUUUAAUA